AUGGCUCCUCCUUCCAUCACCAUCUCUUCGCCUGCAGACGUGACCACGCCUAUGCGUCUGCUCUUCAAAGACAUUAUAGAUGGCGUAAUGGACUCAACCUUCUCGCGCACUCAGGAGGGCCCAGUGCGACCCUUGAUGGACAGCCAGGGAAGGCUCCCCAACCUGGAAAAAGGUAUCUGGCUUCGAGUCUUCAAACCGAAGGAGGGCCCAGCCUGGAACUCGAGCCUCCCUAUCCCCGACCCCGGCCUCCCCAGCAAACUCACACCCUUUGAUCUCCGUGUCCAUGCUGGCACUUUGCUGGUCGACGCAGCUCCCCCCGGCACGGACCGCCGCCUUUUCCCUUGGACUGUCCGCAUGCUCGACCCUCCUGCCAGGGGAGCUCGCCGCUGUGGCUCGCCCGUCUUCCUCGAGCCGCGAUUCGAUCCCCAGAGCGAUGACAAGAUCGACUGGUUCUGGAGCGACAGGGACGGCAAAGCUGUCGACUCUCGAGUCACAUUGGUCCAUGGCCUCAACGAAGGGCAGACGAUCUAUAAAUUUCACCAUGGUGCCGUCUGCCACAGAGACUCAACCACGUUCGCGCAUGCUCUCAAGCACAACAUCCAGUUGGGCGCACACCUGAUCAGGUGCCGGCUGAAGGCCCUCGUAGCCCUGGGUUUCUCCCAGGAACUGAUGCCUCCCUUCCCUUCGGCAGGCAAUGGCGAAGACUUCAUCGACCCGCCGUACAUGGAACCAAACUUCUUUCGCGAGCUGGCAGCCGAUCGUGACCCCGAUGCCGAGGCACAGGCGGAGAAGAAUGCAACCCAGGUGAUGGAGCUAUAUGAGUAUUACCAUCGGAGAUGA